AUGGCGCCCUAUCACCAAGGUCCCCUGUCACCGAGGCGCCCUAUUGCCAUGGCACCCCAUCACCAACGUCCCCCAUCGCCAUGGCGCCCCGUCACCUCACACCCCUCUCCGUGGCACCGCGGCGCCCUGCACCCCCAGGAGCUGCGCAGCGGCUGCUUCUGGCGGGCCGUGCUGGCGGAGGCGAUGGCAACACUCAUCUUCGUGGGGGUGGUGCUGGGCGCCUCGGCGGCCCCCGGCCCCCUGGCACCGGCGCUGGCAGGGGGUCUGGCGGCCGCGGCGCUGGCCUGCGCCCUCGGGGCGCCCCAGGCCAACCCGGCGCUGACGCUGGCGCUGCUCUGCACCCGCAAGCUGAGCGCCCUGCGCGGGGCCGCCGGGCUCCUGGCCCAGUGCACCGGGGCCGUGCUGGCCUCCGCCGCCGCGCGCUCGGCGCUGCUGGACGAUGCCAGCCUGGUCACCAGGGUGAGCGCGGCAGGGACGGCGGGGCAGGCGUGGGGCUGGGAGACCUUCGCCACCUUCCAGCUGGCGCUCGCCGCCUUCGCCACCGCUGACCGGGCAGUCGGCCCCACCGGGCUGGCCCUGGGCAGCGCUGUGGCUGCCGGUGCCCUGGCUGCGGGGCCGUUCUCGGGGGGCAGCAUGAACCCAGCCCGCUCGUUGGGGCCCGCCAUCGUCACUGGCAUCUGGGACGACCACUGGGUGUACUGGCUGGGGCCGGUGCUGGGUGCGGUGCUGGCUGGCUUCUCCUACGAGUUCGUCUUCGCCCCCGGUGCCUCGCGGGAGAAGCUGGGCGCCUGCCUCGCCUGCCGGGACGUGGCACUGGUGGAGGCCACCAGCCCGUCCCCCUCCUCGCCCCCCACCGCCCCCUCCAGGGGUCCCCCCCCAGCCGAGCAGGGCCAGGACACAGCCUGA